AUGGCGAACAUCAUCGAAAAGCUAUUCUCAUUGCAGGGCCGUACGGCUGUCAUUACUGGGGGUACGCGGGGCAUUGGCCAGGCCAUGGCAGUCUCCUUGGCCGAGGCAGGGUCAGAUAUCAUUCUCAUUCAAAGAGACGAGAGCAACACAGAAACCCAGAAGCAGGUCCAGGCAUUGGGCCGCAAAGCCACCAUCUACACCGCCGACCUCUCAAAUCAGGAGCAAGUGGAAGGCCUCACACAACGCAUUCUAGCAGACGGCCAUGACGUGAGCAUCCUAGUCACCUGCGCCGGCAUCCAGCGCAGACACCCCGCACACAAGUUCCCCAUGGGUGACUGGGAUGAGGUCCUGCAAGUUAACCUCAAGACGGUCUGGACCCUCUGCAGAGACCUCGGCGCCUACAUGCUCACCCGCAGCCCGAACCCGGUCAACGGCCACCGCGGUAGCAUCAUCAACGUGGCGUCGCUCGUCAGCUUCCAGGGUGGCAUCACAGUGCCGGCGUACGCAGCGGCCAAAGGCGGCAUUGCACAGCUGACCAAGGCGUUGAGCAACGAGUGGGCGAGCCAAGGUGUCAAUGUCAACGCCAUUGCGCCCGGGUACGUGGCGACGGACAUGAACGAGGCGCUGAUCAACAACCCCGAGCGCGCCGCCAGCAUCUUGGCUAGAAUUCCUGCGGGAAGAUGGGGUACCCCGGACGACUUCAAGGGGGCAACGGUGUUUCUGGCGGGGGCGGGGAGUUUGUACGUUUCGGGUGAGCUGCUUACUGUCGAUGGCGGCUGGAUGGGUCGAUAG